AUGCGGUUCGAGGAUGUACUGGAUGAGGUGGGCGGGUUCGGCAGGUUCCAGUUCUUGGUUUUGUCGAUCCUCUGUUUGCCACGCUUUCUUCUGGCGCUUCAGUUUCUGCUACAUAACUUUAUCUCUGCUGUACCGGACCACCGCUGUGCCCCGAGACCGUCUGAAACUGGACCAGGACUACACACCAAGUCCCUGCUCCAGGUGCAUGGGUCCGGAUCUCCAGGGCUCUGUUGGGUCUACGGUCCAGACAACUCCACCGUGUCCUGUCCUCACGGAUGGGUCUACAACCAGACAGACUUCAGCUCCACCACGGCCACCGAGUGGGACCUUGUGUGCGAGGACCGUAAACUGAACCAGGUUUUGGCCACAUACUUCUUCCUGGGGGUCACUGUGGGGGCUGUGGUCUUCGGACAACUGUCGGACAAGUUCGGUCGCAGGUCCAUGCUCCUCGUGGCUCUGGUCCUGUCCACGGUCAUGAGCGCUGCUUCGGCAUUCUCCACCUCAUAUGUGAUGUUUGCUGUGUCGAGGGCGCUCUGUGGGGUGGCCCUCAGUGGACUCUCCAUCAUCGGGGUGGUCCUGGGGAUCGAGUGGACAGACGUGAGGCACCGCACCUUCACAGGGACCGUGAUGAGUCUGUCCUGGAGCCUGGGAAACAUGUGUUUGGGCCUCAUGGCUUUUCUCAUCCGGGACUGGAGACUCCUCACUCUGGCUGUAACUGUGCCGUGUGCUCUGGCCAUCGUCUGCUGGUGGUGGUUGCCGGAGUCUGCUCGGUGGCUGUUGGUGAAUGGGAGGACGAAGGAGGCAAGGACGUUCCUGGUGCAAUGUGCCAUAAUGAACAAGAGGAACGAACAGACCUCCAAACUGGACUUGGAGGUUCUGGCAAAGGUGUCCAUUUGUGAGGAGGUCCAGAAGACUCACUCAUACCUGGAUUUGGUGAAGACUCCUCAGCUCCGCAAGAUUACGCUCUGCUCAGGGCUGUCCUGGUUCGCCGUGGCCUUCCUUUACUAUGGAAUCAGUUUGAAAAUCUCGGGUUUGGGCGUCAGCAUUUACCUCACACAGUUCAUCUACGGCGCCAUCGAAGCUCCAGCCAAAAUCGCAUCCUUCUUUGUCCUGGACUGGAUCGGCCGCAGGAAUGGACAAGCCUGCUUCCUCAUCAUCACUGGAGCUCUCGUCGGGGUCAACACAGCCCUCCCCCUGGACUUGAUGGCGGCUCGGACGUGUGUCAGUGUGAUCGCCAAAGGCUUUUCUGAGGCUGCCUUCACCACAGCGUUCCUGUACUCUGCAGAACUCUACCCCACAACCCUGAGACAGUGUGGGAUGGGCUACACCUCCUGCCUGUGCCGGAUCGGGAGCGCUCUGGCUCCCAUAGUCAUGUUGUUGGAUGAUUUGUGGUGUCCCCUGCCGCGCCUGGUGUUUGCUGCGACGGGUAUCCUCAGUGGAGCUCUGGUGUUUCUGCUCCCAGAGACUCUGAACGUGAGACUGCCUGAAGAUGUGCUAGAUGUGGAGGAGGGCAGACAUCGGAACCCAAGAUCAGCUUCAGACCUGGAGAUGGAGAAACUCAACCAGAAUGGAAAGAAGACCUCCGCAGAGUAAAAAAGCCCAAACAUG